AUGGGACUCAUCAGCAAAGUGAUCCACGAAGUCGAGGGAAAGCACGAGCACGUACAUCUAAUAUACGAAUGGAACCAAGCUCCUCCCCCUCAGCAACAUCAUAUGGGUGGUAAUGGGGGACCUCAAGGAGGAUAUGGAGGUCAACAAGGCGGUUUUGGCGGACCAGGUGGUCCACAAGGAGGAUACGGCGGUCCUAGUGGUGAACACCACGGAGGCGGACAUCAAGGAGGUGGAUUUGGUGGACCGGGUGGACAUCAAGGUGGAGGUGGAUUUGAAGGGGAGCACCAAGACGGACAUCAAGGAGGUGGAUUUGGUGGACCGGGUGGACACCAAGGCGGAGGACCAGGAGGAAUCGGCGGUCCAGGUGGCCAACACCAUGGUGGCGGAGGAUUCGGAGGCGAGAGAGGUGGACAUGGUGGUGGAGGACGUGGAGGACAUGGCGGUUUGAAGUUAGAGAGAGAUGAAGGGGGAUUGUGA